GCCCGGCCCGGCUUCUCCCAGCCCCGCGGGGAAGCGCCUGCGGCCGGAGAAGGAGAAGCCCCGGAGGGGAGGGAGGGAGGUCGGGGCUGGUGCCUCCCUCCGGACGGAGCUUUUGGCUCCCGGUGGUGGAACGUGAGCUGUGCGCCAGUCCCCAGAGCCCUGCUCCGCCCAGGCGGGGUGAAGGUGCUCUUCGGUGCCGAUAAGAGCUCCGGGGUGGGAGGGUCAUUUCUGACUUUGACAUGACGCUGAGCAGGUUUGGUUGCAAUGGCAGGCGCUGCCCCACGUCUCACAAUAUCCUUGAUACCAGCCGUGUUAUCAGCGAGGAUGGCAAGAAGAAGCUGAAGGAUCUGCUCCACUAUUACUACCCCAUUGAAAUCGAUCCCAACCGGACCCUGGAAGAGAAACGUCCCCUCAUGGUGGAGUGGUGGACCAAGGCCCAUGAGCUGCUGGUGCAGCAGAAGAUCCACAAAAGUGACAUAGCCCAGAUUGUCAGGGAGUCAGAAGCAAUGCUCAGGGAUGGCUUCAAGGAGUUCUUUGAUCAGCUGCAUAAGAACAACGUCCCCCUGUUCAUCUUCUCUGCUGGGGUUGGUGAUAUCCUGGAGGAGAUCAUCCGUCAGGCCAACGUCUUCUACUCCAAUGUCAACGUGGUGUCCAACUACAUGGGCUUCAGUGAUGAUGGAGUCCUCACACACUUCAAGGGACCCCUCAUCCACACCUACAACAAGAACAACACCGUGCUGCAGGGCACAGGGUACUUCCAGCAGCUGAGCACGAGGACGAGCAUCAUCCUUCUGGGGGACUCCAUGGGUGACCUGACCAUGGCAGACGGUGUUCCCAGCGUGGAGAACAUCCUCAAGAUUGGCUUUCUCAAUGACAAGGUGGAAGAGAGGAGGAGGAAGUACCUGGAUUCCUAUGACAUUGUGCUGGAGAGCGAUGAGAGCCUGGACGUGGUGAACGGGAUCCUGCGGUACAUCCUGGCUGAGACAUGAGCUGGGGACCCUGUCCCAGCUCCAGCCACACAGCAGGCACUGGGCAGGGAAUGUCCUUCCCAGGACACUGCUGGAGGGGGCUGCUGGUGCUGGUUGGGCUCCAUCCCUCACUAAUGCCCUCAGCCAGCCCUGGAGCAGGAGAGGUGAGGUGGAGGAAGCUUCUCCUUUCCCUUUGCCCCAACUCUGCCUGGCUCUGCAGUUUCCCACCCAGACUGACUCUAUCCUGCUCAGACUUCAUCCCACUGGGAAUUCACCCCUGCCACCUCCUGGGGCCACAACAAACCAUUCCAUGUUUCAGACAGAGAUGUUCUGCACUGGCUUCAGCAGCUGAGGGUGGAAUGGAGGUAGUUUACCAAGGGCUGAGGACAGACCCAGUUCAGAUGUGUCACUGUGUUCCUGGCUAAGAAAACAAGUCUCUCUUUGUCCUGUUUUCUGUGGGCUUCAAAGCUCUGGGGCUGACUCUGGUAGCAACUGGGCUGGUGUGGCCCUGCUGGCCAUCACAUCACCCAGCCCACUCCCCAUGUACACCAGCAGCUCUCUGCCUUCAUGUCUCAGCUCUCCCGUCCUUGCAGCAGUCCAGCUCUUACUGUGGAAAAAAAAACCCCUUUUUCCAGCCAUCCCUGAAGGCCCCAGAGCUCAGCUGCUGCUGCUGCUGCCCAGAGCCAGAAGUAAGUUUGUCUGCCAGGGAUCAGAGGUGGAGGGCUGGGAAUGGUGGAGCAGGGGGAGAGGCCAAUGGCAGAAUUUUGAGUUUUAAACAAUAUUUUACCUGACCAUGUUUGUGUAAUAAAUUUCUGGGCUGAUCCUGGGCUCUCAGAGCAGCAAUAGGAAAAGACUAUUUUAUUACUGUAUAACCUCUGGUUACGUGGGACCUUGGGAAGAGCAGAUUUGUUCUGUUUUGGAAUAAAACCACAGUUGGCUAAA